AUGAGUAACGAAAACGUAACUAUAAUGGAAGUAGACGAGGCAGAACCUAAAGUUUCUAAACCAGUUGUGGGACCAAGUAAACCUGUUGGUCUAUUACCAUGGAUAGAAAAAUACAGACCUCAGACUUUUGACGAUAUUGUUGGCAACGAGGACACAGUAUCAAGAUUAGCUGUAUUCGCCCGUACUGGUAACGCACCAAACAUCAUCAUUGCAGGACCACCGGGGGUGGGAAAAACGACUACGAUCUUGUGUCUAGCCCGGGCGUUACUUGGUUCUGCCUUUCGAGAUGCAGUACUUGAACUCAAUGCAUCUAAUGAUCGCGGUAUCGACGUUGUGCGUAACAAAAUCAAAAUGUUUGCCCAACAAAAGGUGACCUUGCCCCCUGGACGGCACAAGAUCGUGAUCCUGGAUGAAGCAGACAGCAUGACGGAGGGCGCUCAGCAAGCGCUGCGGCGUACGAUGGAACUGUACGCCAGCACCACGCGAUUCGCCCUCGCGGCUAACAACAGCGAACGCAUCAUCGAGCCCAUACAGUCGCGCUGUGCUGUACUACGCUACUCGCGGCUAACUGACGCCCAGAUCCUUGCAAAGGUGAUAGAAGUGUGCAAGAAGGAGAAUCUGUCAUACACGGAGGAGGGGGUGAACGCUGUGGUGUUCACUGCGCAGGGAGACUUGCGCGCAGCGCUCAACAACCUGCAGGCCACAGCUCAGGCCGGGCGGCACGUGAGCCCCGACAACGUGUUCCGCGUGUGCGACGAGCCGCACCCCAUGCUGGUGCGCGCCAUGUUGGAGUCUUGCACCCGACAGGAUAUACAUGAGGCUUACAAGGUGUGUUUGAGUACCAUGUACAAUGAUGAUCUUGGGCAGUGCCAUACCAUUCAAGUUACGUUGUGUUGUGAUUGUCACAUGUGCGCGUACAAGGUGCGGUUGAGGAGCACGUGGCAUAGCGACCCCAGCCAGUGGCUUAUCAUUCGAGUUACGUUGUGUUAUGACUGUCACAUGUGCGCGUACAAGGUGCGGUUGAGGAGCACGUGGCAUAGCGACCCCAGCCAGGGGCUUAUCAUUCGAGUUUUGUUGUGUUAUGACUGUCACAUGUGCGCGAACAAGGUGCGGUUGAGGAGCACGUGGCAUAGCGACCCCAGCCAGUGGCUUAUCAUUCGAGUUACGUUGUGUUAUGACUGUCACAUGUGCGCGUACAAGGUGCGGUUGAGGAGCAUGUGGCAUAGCGACCCCAGCCAGUGGCUUAUCAUUCGAGUUUUGUUGUGUUAUGACUGUCACAUGUGCGCGAACAAGGUGCGGUUGAGGAGCACGUGGCAUAGCGACCCCAGCCAGUGGCUUAUCAUUCGAGUUACGUUGUGUUAUGACUGUCACAUGUGCGCGUACAAAGUGCGGUUGAGGAGCAUGUGGCAUAGCGACCCCAGCCAGUGGCUUAUCAUUCUAGUUUUGUUGUGUUAUGACUGUCACAUGUGCGCGUACAAGGUGCGGUUAAGUAGCAUGUGGCAUAGCGACCCCAGCCAGUGA